AUGUAUACGGGAGCCGGAGAAAGCCAACUGCAUAUUUUGACAAAAAGACACCGCAGCUCUCUAACGCCAUCCACUGUUGGCUCUGUCGAAGACCAGCCCGGCGCUGAUCAAACUAAUUCACGACUAGAUGGUACAUUAGGUCUAGAGCUUCAUCUUCAUUCCGAGUAUAUUGGUCCCGCGAGCUAUCAUGAACCUGAACUUCUUGAUUUGCGGCCAUCGGCCAUCUCACUCGCCGACCAUGAUAGAUGCUAUCCGCGACGUGUGAAUCAAUCCGCCGCAUUCAUUACCUAUCCCGACAAGGACUCGGCUUCUGAAAUGCAACGCAUCGCCGACCUAGAUCGCAUUGAGGAAUCGAUACGUCCGCUGGGGCCAACCUUGGUAAAUCUUUAUUUUCGUAUCAUGCACCGUACGUUUCCGAUUUUGGACAAAGGCGUGUUCCUAGAGAAAUAUGCUCGGUCCUACCGUGAAUUUUCACCACCGCUCCUCGCUGCCGUCUACCUUGUUGCGCUAGACUGGAAGCUCUUUGAUCGAAUUCUCGCUACGGCCCCUCGGACACCGGAUGCCGAGGCUCUGGAGAAUCUGGCAAUGCGAGCCAUGGAUGAUGAUCUGAAGCGGCCUAAGCUCUCUACAUUACAGGCUGGUUUGUUGUUAUUGCAAAGAAUGAGGUCUUCCCACAACACUCUUCCGGCUCAACUCCUAUCGCUCGGGCAUACUUUGGGAAUUCAUAUCGAUUGUACGGGUUGGAAAAUCCCGGAAUGGGAGAAAGGUCUACGACGACGUUUAGCCUGGGCGCUAUACAUGCAGGACAAGUGGGGUGUUCUUGUGCACGGACGCCCAUCUCUCAUUCCUGCUCAGAUUGACGAAAACGAAGGGACAAGCGACUGGGAUGUUGCUGCGUGUACACUCAACGAUUUUCCGGAAGACGCAAGCAGUGAAGAGGAUGGGGACGGAGAUGUGGACGGAGCCGCGGGUCGGGCUGCAUUCCUGCAAAUUAUUGAGUUGACUAAGAUCUUCAGUCGGAUCGUGUCCACGUUUUGCUCAAUUGGCGCAACAAAAAAAGGCGGACUACUUGAGCGGAUUGGACCGUCAGGUGCGAUGAGUUUAGCAAAACCCCUGGCGAUGGAGUUGCGCGAAUGGCAUGCGGCAGUGCCCGCCAACCUCCAGCUGGAAUCCACGCCCUCAUUACGACUAUCGACGAACGGUGCAUUGCAUUUAUCACAUAUGGCAACAGAGCUGACCAUGCACCGCGCGUUACUCCGUGCUCUGACGCCGGAUAGUGCUCCUUCUCUUCGUUCGGCAAUUCGAACCGCUGCCCGUGCCCGACUGACAUCGGCGAUGAACCUGAUUGAAUCUUUCCAGCCUGAACAUAUUCAAUCGUUUUGGGGCUUUGCAGCAGCAGCUCAGGUGGCUUUAGUCGGUGCCUUUGCUGGUCUUCUGUGGGCAACGAGUCCACAAAUGGAUGAAGCCGCGGGGUACGUUGAACAACUUGAGAAGCUUCGCUGGGUCCUGCAGGUCCGGGCAUCGGCUGCACCGUUUGCUCGCGAGGCACUUCGCAUGAUUCAUGAAGAAGUAGGUGAUUUGGCUGCCCUAAAGGCAGCGACCUUCCGAGACUCGUAG